UUGCCGCGCGCUAGAAAGCGGGCACAGUGCAAGAGAGACUAGCGAGCUAGAAGGUUUAGUGGGAGUGUGGCUGUUUCCCACCGUCCACAAGGACAAAGGCUGUGUCACCAGUGUGUUUGCUGGUCAGAACACUUGGUUGAGCGUGAAGAAAUUACUGGGUGAAAGGCACAAAGCACUACGGCCGUUCCUGUCUGUGCCACCCUGUCUCUAGUCCAGUGCGAGAACCAAAAGAAGCGAUCAUAUCAAGACUUGGCACUCGAAGCCUCGCGCCGAGAGAAGUGGCUGAAUCUGUCUGUCUGACUGUCGCAUACUGUCGAGAUCAUCAUCAUGAAGUCCGAGGUGAUGGCCGCGUCCGACUUCAUCGUCAACCUGCUGCGCAUGAGCAGCCCGGGCAGCCUCAGCGAGCGCGAGCUCCUCCGGUUCCGGGACACGCUGGCGCUGGUUAUGCGGAACCACUACCACAACCACUGGUUCCCCGAGAAGUCGUACAAGGGCUCCGGCUACCGGUGCAUCCGCAUCAACGGCCAGAUGGACCCUCUGGUGGCGGCGGCCGGCGACAGCUGCGGUCUGGACCGGGUCUUCCUGCGGUCUCUGUUCCCCAGCGAGCUGACGAUGUGGGUCGACCCGCGCGAGGUCUCCUACAGGAUCGGCGAGAACGGCUCCAUCUGCGUCCUCUUCGACGAGCGGGUGGAGCGGCCCCGUGCCGACGGCUGCAAGGACAUGGUGCGACCGGCCUACGGCGGCUUCGGCGACCAGUGGUCGACGUCCGAGCCAAUGUCUGCCUGCGCCUUCAGCUAGGGCCCUCUCCGUCUCGCAUCCUGCCAGCCAUAGUGUGAUAUGAUCUCAAGCAAAGUGGUUAUUAUUGAAUGGUGCUAGUGAUAACGGAGCACCAGGGCAUGUGAGGCAAUGUACCCCUGGGUCAUUCCGUGUGAACAAAGCAGCUGUCAUCUCGCCCCCAUAUCCCCCUGACCCCAAACUAAGCUGGGACAUGACGAACGCGGAACCCAUAAAAAUAGUAAAACACUGGAAAAAGCUAUAUGCAACCAAGUCAAGUGAUAAUGUGUCCGCGCUCGUUCGUGUCCCGGAGUGGUUCGGGGUCGAAGCAUCCGAGGACCUCUCGCCCCCCGCCGCCGCUGUAGGUGCCGCGUGCUGUCCAUUGGGACGGCCGCCGCCGCCCAGUGAGCUUUCUAAGUCAUCCGCCGAGGCGGGCCGUCAUGGUUGCUGGCGACCAAAAUGGUACAUGCCAACCGAGUUCAAAUGUAUUUGAAUUGUUGUUGACAUAAUUUAUUUUGUGCGAACAUGCGAGGCCAAAGUGUGCACUGAAAGGCAAGAAGCAUGUGAUAAAGGAAUCCUCUUGGACCUUCCGAUUCGCGGGAGUGAUGUCAUCGAUGCUUGUUCUCAUCCUCAUCGUUCUUCAUGGCUGAAAGUCGCCUGCCGCCGGCCCGUGCCGUGGGGCUCAUCUCAGGUCGUUAGUGACCCGCAGGCGGACCGGCGGCAAGCGAUGUUUGUUCAUCGGCAUCACUCAAAGGUAAACUCUCUCACCUGCCUUGUCAUUUCCAUUAAUUCCUGUUCGAAAACCGAAAAAAGAAAACCGCAAGUACAAGUCGACUUCGGUCGGUUCUUUGCACAAUCAUACAUUAUGGUUCGAAGGAUGGUGCAGAUAAACCCACGUAUUUUAUGUAUAAAACAGAGAGGUACUUAGUGCGACGCGUAUUUACAAAUUGCAACCGAGCUCCGCCGUGGGGUAAGGUGGGCAGGGGUUUUCGUACUACGGCUGCGGUUGAACUACCGUCUGUGGUAGAAAGUUCAGGACGAUGGCGCGUUUCAUACGAAAUCUGGCGCAAUGUUUGUUUGCUUCUGAACUUGUACUGUUAUUGCUGUGAAUUCUUGAAGUGGGAGUGUUUCAAUAACAAUUUGUGGAUUAUUUGAGUUUCUUUAUAUAAACAUAGAAUAAUAUUAUGAAACAUUGUGUGGAAACUGCAAAUACUGAUAUGAUCAAUUACUUAGUUUGGGAGUUGAUACACAUUUUGUAGCGAUUUGUCUGGCAAAUGGUGUAACAAACCUCAAGCCUAUCAUGAUCUGAAGCUGCUGUAACAAAUCAAAAUUGCUUUGAUGUUACAUAGUACCUUGUUGGAAAGACUGGAUACCUUGUUGGAAAGACUGGAGCAUGGUUCAAGAUGAUGUGUAAAAAUUCAAGAUUUGUGCGAAAGCUUGUGACUGAAGAACGAAAACAGUUCGAUAUGAUGGCUCAAUCAAACGUGGAAAUGGAAGACAAAAGUAGAGUUUCAACGUUCCAGCAUGUGAGAAUAACUUCAGAAAUUCAUAGUUCUUGUAGCAUUGCAUUCUUUUUAUGUACAUUUAUAGGUUUUGCUAGGUAUUUCAAUUCAUUGUGUCAGUUGAGAUAUAGAUAGAUGGAUUGCAGAAAAUUUGUAGAAUCAUUGUAUGGUAGCUAGGUACUUGUUUGGUAAAAAGGUAUGUGAUGAAUGCCAUGAGAAGGUUUGUUUAUGAUUUAAUAUAUGAUUGUUGUGGUACCUACAAAAAUGCAAGCUUACUAGCAACUAGUUUCUGAAUCAAAUCAAAAGUAUUUGCUAUGAAUGUAAAUAUGUACCUGCAAAGUAUGUCAAUAAAUUUGUGUGAUGUUGACCAGAGAGUUUUAUCAUCUGGGCAUUUAUGUCGCUUCUUACAUUAGGUGUUAAGCAUAGUAAUUACGGAUGAACUUUGUGCCAAUAUCUUCAAUGCACAAUGUAUGUAGCAUGUCUACAACCCUCACUGAUCCUGCUAUAGCUAUAGGCAUUUGGCACCAGCUUGACCAAGGGCAUGAACUUCACAGUUGCACAACCUUUUGUCAUGUACCACCAGUCACUUUUUUACUUAAUUAAGGUGCACAUAGCACUGCACACAACAAUGUUCAGAGGGCCUACACAAAAACAACAUGAUUAGUGUGCACGAUGCAAAGCAUUGUACUCUGAUUAUUUGAAUAUUUUGAUCACUCAACAGUCAGCAGUCAGGAGAUAAUUAUUGAAUAUCACAUUUACCUAUUAUACAUCACUUGUCAAACAAGAGCAUGAUGACACACAUUUUGACAAGCAAUCAUGGUAGUACCUAUUCCAAUAAGUUGGACAGUCACCUCCCUGGGCGUCAUUUUUCCAGGAAGGUACCUCUGCAGGUGUUGUGGUAGGCUAGGUUGAAUUGGGUUAAGUUAGGCGAAGUAAGGUGGUUAGGACCAGGUCAGACCGUAAGGCCUGGUCAGGUUGAUUUUAAUCUUUCAUUCUAAUUUGACAUAUAUACCUAUUACCUAUGUUUUUGCUCCAGCCUUAAUUUCAUUAGGUAAUGAGUUAAUUUUGCUUUGUUUUUAUCUGUCUUGUUUUGUGUUUUUGUCCCUUAACCCGGCAGUUGCUGGGGUAUUUCGCCACCCACCGUUUGCUGGGGGGGGGGGGCGUUAAACGCCCCCAGCCGAUAACUCGAGAACCAAUAGGCGCAGCGAAACGCACGAGGCGGCAAACGAAAGAACGCGACGAGACGCUUCAGAUGAGUACUUUAAAGUUGAAUUUUGAGGUCACAGGUGACAGGUCGGGUCAAGGUCAGGUCAAACACCUGAAAUCGGGCUUUCAGUAGCAUGGACUUCAGGACUUCGCAAUGGGCGCCUCUCGUCAUAAACUCUGUCAAAACGGUGCACAAUCCAUCAAAUAAGGCCAACAAGAGUGUCAGCUCCAUGUAGGGGUCAGUCACAGGCGCGGAUCCAGGGGGGGGGCGACGGGGGCGGCCGCCCCCCCCCCAUCCGAAAAAGGCGCCCAUAUCCCGCGGCAGAGAGGGCGCCCCGAGCAGAAGACGGGCGGCACAGCAAAGAUUCAGCAGAAAUAGGGCGCCUCCAGCAGAAGUUGGGCUCACCAAGCAGGAGAGCGACGCCCAACUGCCCAUUCCCAGCAGAUGAGAGUCGUCCCAGCAGCAGAUCGGCGCCUUCAGCAAGAGAGGCGUCUCAUUACAAGAAUAAAAAUACCUUCUGUGCCAGAGGGGCGCCCCUGGCAGCGGAAGGGCACCCCUAGCAGGAGAGGUGUCCCUCUGAAGAGGAGCGUCGCCCCAGCAAAAGGAGAGAGGCGCCCCAUUCCGAGAAGAAGAGGGGCGGCCUGACAGCAGAUGGGCGCCCCAGCAAAAAAGAGGAGCUCCAUAAGAAGAAAAUGGGUGCCACUGGCAGAAGAGGGGAGCCCCCGGCAGCAGAAGGGGUCCAGCAGAAAAAAGGCCUCCAGCGGGAGAGGGGCGCCCCCAGCAAAGUCGAGGGGCGCCCCAGCAGAAGAGAGGGGCCUCCAGCAGGAGAGGGGCGCUCCCAGCAGAAUAGGGGCGCCCCAGCAGAAGAGGGGCGCCCAGCAGAAGAGAGGCACCACAGCCAAUGUUAAUCAGAAAUAGGGAGCUCCCAGCAGAGGUUGGGCUCGCCAAGCAGGAUAGGGGCGCCCCAUUGACAAUAUUCGGCAGAAGAUAGUUGCCCCGGCAGCAGAUGGGCGCCCCAGCAGACAGCAGUCGUCGGGUGGCCCCAGUAGAAGAGGGGCGCCCCAUUACAAGAAGAAAAUGAGUAUAUUCUACACAAGAGGGGCGCCCCUGACAGCGGAAGGACAACCCCAGCAGAGGGGCGGUGCCCCAGUAAAAGGAGAGGGGUGCCCGCUACGAGAAGAGGGUCGCCCCAACAACAACAACAAAAAAGAAGCCCUAUAAGAAGAAAAGGGGUGCCUCUGGCAGAAGAAAGACGUCCCCCGUAGUGGAAGGCGGUGGAAGAGCGCCCCCCAGAAGAGUGGCGUCUCCAGCAAAAGAGAAGUGCCCCCUGCAGGAGAGGGGCACCUCAUCAAAAGUUGGGCAGAAGUGGGGCGCCUCCAGCAGAAUUUGGGGUCGCCCGACAGGAGAGGGCUGCCCCAUUCACAGUAGAAAAAGGGACUCCCCAGCAGCAAAGGGGUGCCCUAACAGAAAAGGUGCACUGCUAGUAAAAGUGGGACGUAUCAGGAAGAAGAGGGGCACUUCUAGCAGAAGAUGGGCGUCCCAGAUAAGUGGGCCGCCUACAGCGAAUUGGUCGUUCUUAUAGAAUGAAGAAAUGAGGCGACUUAAGCAAAGUGGGCCUCCCAUGAGGGAUUGGGCGAUCCAAGCAGAGGUUGGGCGCCCCCGGGAGAAGUGAGGCAUACCAGCAUAAGUGAAACGCUUGCUCGAGAUUGUACAGAAUGGCGCUCGUCCAAAAGAGAUGCCUUUCGGUUUUCUCCCAUAGACUUAAUAUACCUACCUACCUAAUGGAGAGGUCGCAAAGCUGACCUGACCCUAGGUAACAGAUAUCAAAGUUACAAGAUAUACAUUUCAUGAAUAUUGCUGCUUUCAUCAAUCGCUGAAAGUUUUAAAGUGAUCGUUCAGUCGGUGUAGCAAUGGUGAGCAUUUGAAUUGAACUUUUGUCUGAGGUUAGGUCACUUGGCAUGACCUGGUGACCUGACCUUGCAUCACCCGGGUCUGACAUUUUACAACAUGUGCAGAAAAGGUGCAUGAUAAGGUAUGCUGAAAAUGGCGGCGCUGCGCGCAGCCGUUUUUCACAUAUUUGCGAAAACCGGAGCGGGGAGCGUGAUAACGCCCCCAGCACAGAGCGAGUUUUAAACUCUCGAUUUUGACGGUUUGGCGCCCCUUCGUAUGAAGCGCCCCCGGAUUGCCAGGUCGCCCCUAUUUCGACUUGCCGCCCCCCCUCCCGAAAAUUCCUGGAUCCGCCCCUGGUCAGUCAAGCAUAGGUCAGGGUCAAGGUCAGGUCAACCGGGUAGGCACAUAUCCCCGAAAAUCAAAACUGAUAUUCGCAGCCUGUGACACAUGUUUUGUGGGUAAUUUGCAGGGGCGCGGGAACUACUUUCCGACUGGGGGGGGCACACCAUAGUAGAGAUCAACCUAGGGUACCCCCAAAUCUAGUUUUCUCACCGGUUUUAGGCCACUUAUUUUUCACCCCUCGGCUUUUUCAACAAAAAAAGAAAACAUUUGCAAAAAAAGUGUGGUAUUCCGUCUCAAAGCUGUGGGGGCACCGCCCCCACGACCCCGGAGUUGGGGGGGGGGGGGGGGCAAGCUGCCCCCACUCCCCCCCCCGGCUCCCGCGCCUAUGGUAAUUUGGGGCGUAGAACACGAUGGAGACAUUCAUUUUAUCAUAUGUGUACGUGUUUGGCUCAAAAAGUCCAAUUGAAGAAAUGCAUGUAUCAUGGGCGUGAAGUAGUCACGAGAAAUUGCCAAGAUUCAGUUCAAGAUUUUGGAAAAUGCGGAACGAUAAUCAAUAAUCGAAGAUAGCCUUUUGAUUGUCCAUGGUAUUGGUAGUCUAAUGGCGUUUACGGCAUGUCUGUAUGUCUAUUCUGUGAUUUUAUAUGAUUUUUUGAACAUAUGCCGUUUUUGGUCGAAAACUCAGAAAUCAUGACGUCACUAAAACCUCGAUAUCUCAAAAAAUUUCCGACCGAUUUUUUUGAAACUUUGUCACAAUACACUUCAAUCAAUUCCCUACAGGUACCCAAAAUUGCAGGCGCGCCGUUUUUAUGCUAUGGCCCGGCGAAAAAAGUGGGGACGUUUAACGCCCCCCCCCCCCCAGCAACUCGCGGGUUAUAUUUUGCCCCAUAGGCAAGGGUGGAGCUUUUCCAGGGAAGGUGUAGGAGCAUGAUUGGAGGCGCUCAACCAGACGGCAUAGGAGGGCACGGUUUCUGAACGCGCACUGAUGCCUGAUUCAAGCCACACUGUCUUCAUGCGGGGCGGCGCGCUACUUAAAAGUCCCUAAACGAACGGGAAGUGAUGCCGAUAGAACCUUCAAUCAUUCUGGGCUAACGCUUAUGACUUGGAAAAAGUCGCGAUCCCUAUUCAAUCGAAAACCUGUGGGGCGUGGGCUCUUGUUCAGCAGGAGGUGUAUGAAGAGCCACCCGCCAUAAGCACUGCUCAACCGCAGGCACAGGUUUAGACGGCGUUGGUCCGCAUCAAAGCCAGUGUGCUGGAGAAUCCAUUGGCUGAAAUGCUCCAGAACAUUCAUCACUGUGUUUUUAUGAAAGGUGGCUACAAGCUCAGUUAAAAGAAAAAGUACCAGAUUUUUUUUGCUUUUUAAUUACAGCGGGAAGAAAGGUGUUCGGAUAAUUUCGUUACACCCCCUGUUAUGUUCAAAUGGUUGCUAAAUUCGAAAUCAGCUCCAAAAACUAGCCUAGAAACAUGUAAAACUCGAAAAAGGAACCGAGGUCAUCAAAGGUCAUUGAGCUGACCUGACCUUCAGGUGACCUUGACACCCACCCUAAUGCAUGGGACCAGCAUCGCUGCAUCAUAUCACAUGUUUCAACGCUUGAAACCACGUGAAGACUGCAACCGCGCGGCUAAUGCGAGCCGACAUACGCCGAAUCGCGAUUCGGGCCAAACAUGGUCUCGAGAAAUAGGUCACAGGUCAAAGGUCAUUUGGGUCAGGGUAGGUGUAAAAUUGAUAAAAUCGGGGGCACUGAAAGUUUCGUCGCGAUCGGACGGUUUUUACGCGAGUUACUCACGAAAAACCGAUAAAGCGCACCCAAAAAGGCAGAAAUAUGCACAUGCGAUAUCCUAUACUGCGAAAAAAGGUGCAUCAUUUUUUAACGUCGCCGACAAAUUGUAAUUACCCUGAGCUCAGGCAAAUGUAUGGUAGAAAAUCCCCCAAGUGAAAUACACUACGGCGGAAAUAAAAUACCCUACGGCGGAGCUCGGUUGCAAUUUGUAAAUACGCUAGUGCGACAACUAGUGUAAGUCACCCGAAGUUAAAAGGUACAAAUAAGUCGAUCAUAGCCUGUGAUUGGUUUCGCCACGCUAGUUUCUCCCUUUCAGCCGCGCUCUGUCGGCUGCUUUGUUAGCUUUACCAAGUUCACAGAUUGACGCGUUCGGGGCGUGCCUGUGUUUUAACCGUCGUGCAAGAGCCCUGUAUAUAGUGGUCCUUUUCGUUGGCUGUGGAGUGCUCCUGGGAUGGCCCGAGCCGGGGCUCACCGUGCACCUGCAAGACGCUUCAAAAAUUGUAUUUUGUUCGCCUCCGAGAGUCCGCUGUGUCUAGGGUGUUUUGUACAGAAAUACAUGCUAAUUCUGCAAGUGCA